UCUCUUGUGAUUGCUGAUAUUGGAGACCCACAAGUCCCCCCAUGGCUCCUUAUCAGAUCCGCCAGUACCAGGAGAGGGACCACAAACAGCCCAGCUUCUUGGCUCUGUGGUUUAUAAUUAUCAAACAUCCAGCUUCCAGCCAAUGAGGUUUCUACCAAGGUUGCUACUUCAAUAAAUGGAAGGUCACAGAUUAGCUUCACGAUCAGUCACAAGCACGGCAUUGAGUCCCAUCUAGACCCUUAGCUCUGAGGAAGUAGAGUUACAGGAAAACACACAGUCAGAAGUAGCUGUGUCUUUGGCCUUUGAGAUCUGAGACUCAGAAGUCUGAUGGCUCCUUAUCGUAUCAGGAAAUACCAGGACAGCGACCACAGGAGUGUGGUGGAUUUGUUCCGCAGAGGCAUGGAGGAGCACAUACCUGCCACCUUCCGCCACAUGCUGCUGUUGCCUCGAACCCUCCUGUUCCUACUCGGGGUCCUUUUUGCUCUAUUCUUGGUCUCAGGCUCCUGGCUUCUGGUUCUUCUGUCCAUUCUUACCUUCUUUGCCGCCCUGUGGCUCCUUGCAAAAUACACUUGGGAAAAGUAUAUGACAAUGUGUUUGCACACAGACAUGGCUGACAUCACCGGAACCUACUUGAGUUCUCGUUACUCCUGCUUCUGGGUAGCUGAGUCUGGAGGUCAGACGGUGGGCAUAGUGGCUGCUCUGCCAGUGAACGAGCCCCUCCUGCAGAAGAAGCAACUGAGGCUACGUCACCUCUCUGUGUCCUUGGAACACCGAAGAGAGGGCAUAGGGAAAGCUCUGGUCAGGACUGUCCUCCAGUUUGCACAGGCUCAGGGCUUCAGUGAAGUUGUCCUCGCCACCAGCAUGUUGCAGUAUGCAGCCCUAGCUCUGUAUCAGGGCAUGGGCUUCCAGAAGACUGGCGAGACCUUCUUCACCUUUAUCUCCAGACUAAGGAAAUCUCCAAUGAUACACUUUAAGUAUUGCCUCGCUUCUCCAGAAGGGGACCUUUGAGCCCUCUCCUGUGGGCAUCAAUCAGGAUCUAAUUGCUUCUGUAAUAGUAACAAGCAAAUCCAGCUACUUCAGGUGCAAACCACUAGCCCUUUCUCUUAAGUACAUCUGAAUAAAUGUGUUUGGGGUUGGGGUUGGGACAAUGGCUACUCUGUGUUAGCCAUGCUUUCUGAGGCAUCCCUUUUGCUAACACUACAGUCAUGUAUAAAAAGUAACACAAAAUAAUAAAAUUUUACAUAGCUUGUGAA